UUGAGGAGGCAGCGAUGCUGAAUUCUUCGGUUGCGCACAUUUGGAGACUAAAUUAAGUAUAUAAUUAUCGGGUUGCAUUAUCGGUUGAAUUUUUUUAAAAAUCUGGAUUAUCUGUGUGAUGUCAUAAUGGCCAUUAUCGGCCGAUAAUUAUCGGUAACCGAUAUUAUCGUGUAUCUUUAGUUGUGACGUCAUGUGAUUGGGGUCUAUAGAGUUUGGACUUUUCGCUUUGACACAUCUCGGCCACCGUAUUCAUAGGAGAUGAAAGAGAUGAAAGAUUAAAAAAAAAAAAAAAAAAAAGUCCAUUCACUGCCAAAACAAGUUGAAAGCCGCUAGCUUUAAAAAAAAAAAAAGUUGCAAGCGAGAUUGCUUCUAUUUGCCGCUACCUGCUGAUCAAACAAAAUGGAUUGGUUGUUUUGGCUUUGGCUCUUUUUUGCAGUUUCUUCAUUUAACGAUUUGAUAUUAAUUAUGGAUUGGGUCAAGAACAUCAUCAUGUUUCUCUGGCCAUUCCUGUGGUUUUCUUGCCUGGCGAUUCUAAUUACAUUGUUGGUAAUGGAGGGGUGUGCCUUGGCGGUGGCUUUCCUACAUGGCGUGACGGCUUUUGCGAAAAAGCUGUGGCACGACUUCAGAACAUGGAUACAACGUGCCAGCAAGGAAGAUGAAGCUGCCGCCGGGACAAACAAUGCCGGCCAAGAGCGCGCCUUCAUUAGUGUCAGGGCGCACAACGGCACAGACAACGGCGCGGCUGCCGGCCAGGUCGUCGUCCGUUACGGCGACCGGGUAACCGUCAUGGAUGAAGCUGCCGCCGGCACAAACAAUGCCGGCCAAAAGAGCGCCUUCGUUAGUGUCGGGGCGCACAACGGCACAGACAACGGCGCGGCUGCCGGCCAGGUCGUCGUCCGUUACGGCCACCGGGUAACCGUCAUGGAUGAAGCUGCCGCCGGCACAAACAAUGCCGGCCAAAAGCACGCCUUCGUUAGAGUCGGGGCGCACAACGGCACGGACAACGGCGCGGCUGCCGGCCAGGUCGUUGUCCGUUACGGCGACCGGGUAACCGUCUGGGUUGGCGGUAUUGCCGACGUCCAGGCCGGCCUUUGGGAAACCGACAUGGACGAGGGCGGUGCCCAGGGCCGUGAUGCGGACACAGAUUUGCUCCAGCCAACAGCAUGAAAUUGUUAAACUAAAUGCUCCAUGUUGGACAAAUAAAAACCCGGUUUACACCCUACAGAUAAUGUCUGCACUCGUUUUACCUUUGUUGUAUAUAUUUGUCCCAGUUUUAUUCAUUCCUUUCUUAAUGCAUUGCCAAAAUGUAUAUGAUCGGGAAAAAUUAUCGGGAAUGAUUGAAAUUGAAUCGGGAGCCAAAAAAAAGCAAUCAGAUCGGGAAAUAUCGGGAUUGGCAGAUAAUCAAACUAAAAUGAUCGGGAUCGGAUCGGGGCAAAAAAACAUGAUCGGAACAAACCUAAUAAUAAGCAAAUAAUUAUCACUCCAACCCUCUAAAAGUCUACUCCUGGGAGCUACACAAUUCACGUAGGUCACCCUUUUUGACUUUAACAUGGCAAAUUUCGCCAAAAGGUGAGAGAUUUUCAUGCCUGCAUUGACUUCAUAAUUACUUGACCGGAGACAAUUGGCAUUUACUGUGUCACGCCUUCCCGGGCCGGGGAAAAUUUGCUUUCAUCUGAAAAAAGUACUUUGGAACACUGAGCAACUGCGGCUUGACCGGGGGAAUGCGGCACCGGUAG